AUGAAGGCUUUUACUUGCAACAUCAUUGCUCUCCUCGCGCUCGUCACCACCAAUGCCGUAGCUGCCCCAGCUACCGUGAGCGACAGCGUCGACCUAGCCGUCGAGACAACUGCGGGCUCGACAUCCGAGCUCUCUACCCUCGGUGAGGAGUCUGUUGAUGAGGAUUACGAUGAUGACGAGCCAUUCAAUCUUUCUGAGCUUCUGCCGGAGCUGUUCCCAGAAUUGGUCGCCCGCGCCAAGCCCGGCUGCAUGGGCGGCACCUGGAGGGCGUGUCACGACUGGACCGUGAGACAGUGCCCGCUGAGGUGCACCGGCCUGCCGAGGCGUCGGCACCCUUGCACGCAGCGAUGCAUCCGAGGAGCCGACAUCCAAUGCCAGAAGGCAUGCUCUUGA